CGUUCUGGGGAUGUAUCCACAAAAUCAAGCAUAAUAAUACCUCCAACUACACUCAAGCUGACGUCCUAGCAGAAUAAAUCGCAAUGGAGACAACGGUGCAUAACAUACGUUGGUAACGUUGUCAACACGAGGCUUCUUGCACGGCCUCACUGUUGACGACGCGAUCGGCGUAAGCAGUAAGCGCACACGUCCCUGUAUAGAAACUCCAAUGCUUGCUGUCUUGGCCAUUCAUGAUUAUGGACUGUGGAAGCUCUAGCACGGACUAUGGGAUGGAAAUACAACCUCCACAACAAUUCCGAGCCGACCUAUCGGCUUUGUUACAGUAGGAUCGCGAACGGCCUCAUGGGGUCUAAAAAUAAGGUAAUCAAUUGAUUGACAUGAGUAUGUAAUACUCUCUUCCCGAGCGUGCGAAUCACAAUGCGCCGUCUUCAGCGGGCCUUUGGAGACUGGGCUGGGCCUCGCGGCGAUCUCAAAGGAUAUAAGUACGAUAAAAGCCUUGAUUGAAUUGUAGCAAAAGGCAUCUCUUUCAUCACUGUCAAAUUUCAAUAUGCAUCUUUCAAACACCAUCUCCCUGGCCUUCAGCUUAUUGCUCGCCGAAUCUGCCCUCGCCGAGUAUCAUCCUUGUGUGUUGAUUGGACCAGAUGUUCCCAUCCCAAAAGCUGUAUCAAGCACUUCCGCCUUCAAAGAUGGCAUUGUUUCCAUGAAGAAGGCCAUUUCUGAUGCUAUAAGCUCUGGGGUGACAUCAUAUGGUGAUAUGGACGCGAGUUCGACUUCCUUUUCCCUGGAGAUAUACUCUCUCCACGAAGAGGAACCCCUGUUCACUUAUCACUACGAUGCACCUGGGCUGGCAGACUCCACGGAUGGCGUGAAGAAGAUAGACUCAGACAGCAUCUAUCGACUGGGCAGCAUUUCCAAACUCCUGACUGUCUACACAUUCCUCGCUACUGUCGGGGAUGUCUCGUUCAACGAACGCGUCACCAAAUACAUCCCGGAGCUCGCGGAGUAUGUAGCACAGCAUAGAGGAGAUGAUGAAAUCGAUUUCAUUUAUUGGGAUUCCAUAACGAUCGGGUCUCUCACCUCCCAACUCAGCGGGAUGCCGGCCCAGCUCGCUGGUUCUCCCGGUACUGACGAGGCGCUCAAAGCUGGUCUCCCUCCAGGCGUGCCACUGCCCGUAUACGACCCCGUCCCAGAAAACAUCACCGAUACCAACUGUCCAAACCCCUAUGGUGUGCCUUGCGACCGAGCGGGCAUAUUAGGGAGCAUCAAUUUCCAGCACCCGGCAUUGGCGCCUUCCUGGGGGCCGUCCUACUCAAACACGGCGUAUUCCCUGCUAGCAUUCGCGUUAGAGACAAUGACCAACGGUUCCUUCCCCGACCUCCUCACCUCUGAAGUCAUCGACCCACUCGGCCUCAAAAGCACCUACUACUCCAACGCCCCUCUGGACCAAGGUGUGGUCCCGCACAACGCCGCCGUCUCGCAGUACACCGUCGAUAUCCUCUCCGGCGGCCCAGCCGGCGGCUUCUACAGCUCCACCAACGACAUGCGCAAGAUCGGUCAGGCUAUACUGAACUCCACCUUACUCCCUCCCGCACAGACCCGUCGCUGGCUCAAACCUCUAACCUUCACUGCCAACGACGGCGCCCUCGUCGGCGCUCCUUGGGAGAUCUACAAAGCGCCCCUCGCCGAACGCUCCGUCUGGAUGUACACCAAAGGCGGCGACGUAGGCGCCUACUCCAUCAAUAUCAUCCUCCUUCCCGACUUUGGCAUCGGCGUCACCUACCUUAGUGCCGGCGAUGACACGUUAGCCGUAAAGGACGUUAUAAACGAUAUCGUGGUUGCCAUUGGCGUCCCAGCCUUCGAGAAGGCAGCCAAGGAAGAGGCGACCAAUGUGUACGCCGGCACGUAUAAGCGCGCGGGGAGCAACGAUACGCUCGUUAUUUCUGUUGACGCUAAUCCAGGGCUGCUGGUUACGCAGUUUAUCAUCAAUGGCACGGAUGCCGCCAAGGGGUUCUUGGCCGUGGGUGACCAGAUCAGGUUGACGCCCAGUGGGCUAGUUAGCAAGGGAGGCGCGCGGGUAGGGUUUAGGAGCGUGCUGACGAGGAAGCCAAUACCGGAGGGGGCGUUUGUGAGGAAUUGUGUGGAUUGGUUUAGUGUUGGAGGGACUCCGAUUGGGGGGGUGUCGAUGGAUGAGUUUGUGGCUAAGGUUAAUGGGGAUGGGACAAGGGCGCUGGAGAUCGAGGCGAGGGGGUGGCGGGUGUCGUAUUCGAGGGUGUAG